CCCGUCCCUAUUUAUUAUGGAGAAUCAUCAAGGGACAAAGCUUGAAAAUUAGUCACUAUAUCAAGAAGAUCAAGAGGAUGUCUUCUACUAGCAAAUACUCCACUCCUCCAUGUGCCGCUUGCAAAUUUUUGAGAAGAAAAUGCUUGCCAAGUUGUGUUUUUGCACCUUAUUUUCCUCCAGAGGAGCCAAUAAAGUUCACAACCGUACACAAAGUAUUCGGGGCCAGUAAUGUGAGCAAGCUUCUGAACGAAAUCCAGCCUCAUCAAAGAGAAGAUGCGGUCAAUUCUCUAGCUUAUGAAGCCGAGGCGCGAUUAAAAGAUCCUGUCUAUGGAUGUGUUGGAGCAAUUUCAGUUCUUCAAAGGCAAGUUCUUCGCCUCCAGAAGGAACUCGAUGCAACGAAUGCUGAUUUAAUGCGAUACGCCAAUUAUGAAAAAGUUAAUAAUAAUCAAGAAAGGAAUCAUAAUUUUCAGUAUGGGAGAAGAAUGGUUAAUUCUGGUUACUAUAAUUAUUCUUCUGCAUGGAACAAUGGUAUUUCUGGAGGUCACAACAAUAUUGGUACUGAUAAUUGUGAUGGUGGCAGGUGAGGAAUUGUAUUUGUUAAUUAACUUUGUUUUUCCAAUUGAGGGAAAGGAAAUUGAACUUGAAUUAAUGUACAAAUUGAAUUUUGUAUAUUUGGUGGAUUAUUGAUCGUUGCAUGUUAUAUAGAUGGAGAUAUGUGUUUUGAUUUAUGCUAAAAUAAUAAUGUAGCUAGGUAUUGUUCUUCUUGUCCCAAUC